AUGCGCGUCUUCGACAAAGUGUUGUUGGAGAUUUCGGAUGCAUUUCAUGUGUGCAACUUCACCCCUGUUGGGCUAAUGGAAGAGGAACUACACGAAAAAACGCUCUUUGCGACAGUCGAACACCACGAAGGUACCAAUGCUUCGCCCGCCACCGACCAUGAACUAUAUGAAAGAAAGCUGUUUGCAACGUUCGAACGCCACGGAGAGUUCUCGAGUGCACAACUUGUGCUGCUCUCUGUAGAUCUUUUCGAGGAGCCGACCGAGGAUGGGAGGGAGGAACAUGAAGCCUUCAGAAAAAUAUCCGCGAUCCUCAAUGAGUAUCAAGAGCAAUCAUACCUUCUCGACCCCUUCCUCGAACAAUUGGUCGUUCCAGUAGUUGAACGGCUAAAAGAAUUUGCAAAGGAAGCCACCCUUCAUCCCAAUAAACCUGGUUCGAUGUGGCGCGUAGAUCGUCUUGCGAUGCUGCUCUAUUCUUACAUCAAGUGCCUUAGGUUCUUCCCACACGAAAUCGUGGACCUUACAAUUGCGCUGGAUUAUACCCGUACACCUGGCGCCCUUUUCCAAGACAAGCAUCAUUGGGCAUUGAGAUAUGGCGUGUUGCUGUGGUUGUCUCUUAUCUGCAUAAUACCCUUUGAUCUAUCGCAGUUUGAUGAGCCCGCCAGCAUUGGUCGGACUGCAUCAUUGAUAGAAUCACUGGGCAAGGAGCAUCUAGGGAAAGCUGGACUUGAACGUGAUGCCGCUGCAAUGUUGCUAUCCCGUUUUUAUAUGAGAAAUGACACAGGCUCUGGUUUCCACGCAUUUGUAGAAUGGUCUCAGGGAUUGCUUAGAACAAGUGACGAUAUUUUCACGACGAUUGGCCUUCUACAAGUUGUCUGUGACGUUGUGAAAUCCGGAUUACCAGAGCAAAUUAAGACCGAAGAAUCCAGUCUUCUUUCUUUGGCCACCUUGAUCAACGAUAGAAAGUCCCUUUCCAGCAAUUCACUUGUUCGAAAAUACAAAACGAAGCUCGUUGCAAGGAUUGGCCUUCGGAUGUUGCCAGGGAGUAUCAACAUAGGGCGCCGCAAAGGUCGAACCCUAGCUGGAGAGGAGAUUGAUACGAACACCCCUAGCUCUGCUGACGAGGAGAUCCCCGACGAAAUCGAGCUAAUCCUGGAGCAACUUCUGCAAAGUUUGCAAGACAAGGUCUUGUCGUUUAUUUUUGCGACUCAAUUCCGUUGGUCAUCUGCGAAGGGUAUUGCCAGAAUUGCUGAACGCCUUCCUCCCGAUUUUGCCAGACAAGUUCUGGAGACGAUCAUUGAGCUAUUCUCAAUACAUUCCAUCGCUGCCGCAAGUCUCUAUGAUUUACCGGCUAUAGCAGAAAGCACGUGGCAUGGGGCGUGUCUUGCUUGCGCAGAGAUGGCACGCAGAAGUCUUGUACCAUCGCGGCACCUUCCGGCACUAAUUGAUUGGUUGUCCAAGGCGCUCUAUUUCGAUCUUCGCAAGGGGGCUCAUUCUAUCGGGUCGAAUGUUCGCGACGCCGCCUCGUACGUUCUUUGGGCACUUGCGCGGACUCAAGAACCUGCAGCAUUAAUACCACAUGCGAGUAACCUAGCCAAGCGUCUCGCUGCAGUCGCUUUGUUUGAUCGCGAGGUACACAUUCGUCGAGCGGCAAGUGCUGCAUUUCAAGAACAUGUUGGCAGGAUGAACUUGUUUCCUCAUGGAAUCGAUGUGCUGGCGAAAGCUGACUUUUAUGCCGUCAGUGUCAGAAAGAAUGCAUAUCUGGUUGCUGCUUCCCAGGUAGCUGAACAUGCUGAAUAUCGUCAAUUUCUAUUCGAUCACUUGUUGGAUGUCGUAUUGCGCCAUUGGGACGUUGCAAUGAGAGAACUUGGAGCUCAGUCUUUGCGUUCAAUCUGUCUGUUGGAUCUUACGAAGCUUGGACCAGAAGCUACCUCGAAGGCUGCACGUCUUCUCGAGUCGGCUGACCUGAUAGAUCUGCAUGGCGGCAUUUUGGUACUGAGUGAAAUUGCCCAAGCAUAUCGAAGUAACAUUAAGGAAGCAGAUCUGCGGGAGCAACUGCUCCGUGGCAUCUUCAAGUAUCUUGCCAACAUUCCCGAAUCCAUCCUGACAACACCCCGGAACGACCUUGUGACUUCAGCGGCCUGUCGUCUUCUUGCCCGCUCCCUGACGAUCGCCGAAAUAGAGCUCAAGGAACGAUCGUCUGUUCCUAACUGGAGAACGAUCGUGGACUUCGGACUGAAGCACAGAAACUCUAAUGUGCAAAAGGCUGCUGCCGAGGCUAUGGCAGAAAUUUCUAGGUUGACAGAUUGUUCCUCCACUUCUGUCGGUGGCCAUUUCCUGUCUUCUGGAUAUGACUACAUCUACCUCAAGAGUGAUGCCGUGAAUGUAAUUGUGAACGCACUCCGCGCUGGUCUGAAUGAUUACACAAUCGAUGAACGUGGCGACGUUGGGUCCUGGGUCAGAGUUGCAUCUAUCCAAGGAUUGACCUCGAUUUCUGAGUUGAUGUUAACGAAUGCAACCUCAAUUCCCGAUUUCGAGCGCUACUUUCCACCAGAAAACUACCAUGCAAUUAUUUCUGGGAUUCUCAAGCAGGGCGUGGAAAGACUCGACAAUGUUCGCCAAGAAGCAGGAAGUUGCUUCAUUCGCUUACUUAGACUUCCAUUGCCAUCUGUCGCCGAUCAGGAGAAAUGGUCCUUGUCGGGUCUGGAGCUUCUGAAGGAAUUAUUCGAGAGCAAUGGCUAUGAACCUUUGAGCUGGAGCGAUGGUGCUUGGCUAUUCCCACGUGCAAUUCGACUGCUGGGAGUUCCAGAAUAUCGCCAAGAUAUUUUGAGCGGUAUCCUGCUAAGUCUCAGUAGUAAGACGGACAGCACCCGACGGCCAAUAGCGAAGAGCUUAGUGGACUAUAUUGAAGAGUUACCCGUUUCUAGUGACUCAACAAACUCAUUUAGCCUACUCGACCUGGUCAAUGGCUUGAUUGAGCGCAUCAAGCCCAACCUGAGUUCUAAUACGAUUGUGGUCCCCAUUUUACAAACUUUCGAAGUUCUACUGGAAGCAGACGGCCUCCGACGACUCUCGGACAAACCACAGGGAGUUGAAAGAAUGUCAGCCGUUUUAAAAGCGUUCAGCGAAUACAUGGGUCAAUGA